CCCAAAUCUAUUCAAUGUAGAAUAUAGAUCUUGAGUCUAAACUCAAAAACUAAAAAGACUUAGAAUACUAGAUCUACUACUAGAUUUAGUCUUGAUCUAAGUCUAGAUUUAGAUCUAGCAUACUUAGCAUAUAGAUCUAUAAUUAUAAUCUAGUAUGGUUAUGAAAUAGAUUUAGAUCAAUAUUAUCAAUUUUUACCCCGUUAAAAAAAACAAGUCAGUAUUCACAUAGGCAUAGGCCUAUUGUGAAUUAGACAUAAGUAAGCCACUACUACAAAUUAAAUUUCAAGUUCAAUACAGUUAAUCUAUCUCUAGAUCUUUAUUUAAAAUUAUCUCCUCCAAUAGAAUUAUAGGCCUACUAGAGGUAGGCCCUCUAACCUAGGCUAGUCUAAAUAAGUCUUUACUUUUUAACUAGUGUCUAAUGUUUACGCCACUAAAUAUCUAUAUAAAAAUUAUAAAACUGUUGGACUAGUUAUGAGAUUAAGAAUAAGAUUUUACAACUAAGUUAGGCCUAUUGAACUAUAUAGGGCCUAUUAAAUUUCCCAAGUCUAAGUGCUACAAGAUUAGUGACUUUUUUUCCCCCUUGUACCGUAUGUUCCUUAAUAAUUGAAAAUUAUUAUUACACCCUAGUCCAAACCUCCCACAGUACGACAGGGGUUAGUUAUUGGCAGGGUUUGAACCCAAGAUCACGAAUACAGCAGUCCAGAGCACAUAUGGCAUGCUCAGCUCUGUUUUGGAUACAGCUGGAUCUGAAGCAGCAACAACGCAGCCUGCAAGUGCAGCUGAACGAAAAAUAAUUCUAACUGCAAUUACUAACACUGAUAACACCAAUAAGAGGCUGCCUGAAGAUUUCAUAUACGUCAUGAUGAAUUCAAUGGAAUUGACCACAAUGGUCUCCUUGUUGUGCUGUCCACAUUGCUUCGACAAAAAAUUAACCAUGUGCAUCACACAAUCAAAAGGCAUGGCUCAUUUGAUUAAAAUCAAAUGCCUAAAUUGUGAAACAUAUUUGUGGCCUGACUGGACCUCAAAAAAAAGUAAUAAUGUUCAUCUGGAUAUUAAUGUCCGCGCUGUCGCUGCAUUAAAAGAAUCUGGAAUCUCGCAUUCUAAAUUUGAUAGGUUUUGUGGACUUAUGAGUAUGCCCUGCAUGCACAGAAAUACUUAUAACAAUCUAGCUAACAUAGUCAACACUGCUAUAAUUGAAGCUGGUGAAGAAUGUAUGAUUAGGGCAUCUGCUGUUGUGCAUGGAAGAAACAUUUCACAACCUCUGACUACAGAUGAUAGAAUAAGUUCAACAGGCUGUCCUGUUAUUACAGUUUCUUUUGAUGGGACUUGGCAUAAAAGGGGCCACUCAUCUCAUUCAGGAAUUGGCAGUUAUUGAUUUUGAUACUGGACUCGUCAUCGACACCGAAGUCCUAUCAAAUUAUUGCUGUGUUUGUGAGUCAAACUCUGCAGAACUAAAUUUUGAUGCCUCUAAGCAUAUGUGUCAAAAAAACUUCAGUGGCUCAGCAAAUGCAAUGGAGGCCGCAGCAGCAUCCAAAAUUUGUUCUCACUCUGUGGCAUCAGAAAACUUGUUUAUGGCAUGAUGCUGUGUGAUGGUGAUAGUAAAUCACAUUCAUCUGCCAUUACCAGCUCAGGAUAUGAUGUAGAAAUCUUAAAAGAGGACUGCAUUAACCACAUCUCAAAAAGAAUGUUUAAUACUUUGAACAAUUUAAAAAUGUCUAACAAAAAAGAACUAAAUUAUAGGCUUACAAAGCCAAAAAUUGAAAAAAUUACAAAUAACUAUUCCAAAGUUCUGCGCCAAAAUGCUCCUGACAUUCAAAAAAAUGAAGCUGGCUGUUAUGGGCUCAUUUUUUCAUAUGAUGAGCUCAGACCUAGAUCAUAACCACAGGUUGUGUCCUGAUGGCACUACAUCUUGGUGUCACACUUUAAGAGAUCAGAGGCACUAAAACAGCCAUACAAAAAACAUAAUCAGACCAUCACAUCAGAAAUAGGAAAACUGUUAUUUCCUAUAACAGACACAGAUCUGUUAAAAACAUGUUCAAGAAUGGGAACACAAAACGCCAAUGAAUCUUUUCAUUCCCUCAUUUGGCAAAGAUGCCCCAAAACAGAAUUCGCAACAUUAAAAACUAAGGACGGCGACAUACCUUGCUGUUUUAGCCUGUUGGCAUCAGUUUUUGACAUAUUAGGCGUUCCCUGGACACUAAAGAACAUUUCUUCUAGUGAAAAAAGCAAAAUGUCAAACUACAGCUUGUUGUUAGAAAAAGAAGAUCAAUCACAUAAGUGUCCAGGAGAAAAAAAUUGAAAAAACGAAGAAUUGAGCAUGAGCACCGGGCAGAGGUUCUCGAAGGUCCAUCCUAUCAAUCAGGCCAUUUUAAUGAAUAGUUUUUUUAUUAUCUAUUAUGUUAUAUUAUGUAAAUAUUCCCCUUUUUUUUUCAUUUUUAUGGUUGCAAUAAAUAUUUUAUAUCAUUUUAAAAACUUUAAAUGCGUUUUUCUCAAAAUGUAUUUUUAGGUGCAUGUUGUCCACAAGAAUC